CGAUCAUGUGGUUUUUCGCAUUUUUACUCGAGCACAGUGCCGACGGCAGCUCGUCGACUCCAGUCCGCGCAAGGACGGUUCUCUCUCGCUAGAAAACACAAGGUGCGGCUUUUCCAUUAAGGGCACCGUGACAGGUAUACCAAACUACCAAACGCCGAGGUAUCUGUUAUCUCAGAGCUAUGCCGGAUACCGCGGAAAUCGCCAAACAGGCAUCGGAAUUGAAAAGUGGACAUGUGUACACCAACGGCGCGUUCGCAAUCGAUCCAUUGGAUAUUGGGAAGAAUGUUUUCGAAAAACCUGGCCCAGACUACGUUGAAUCAAGCCACGCCUCGACGGCAACGAAGAGCGUGUUGACGGUUAUUCGCCAGAGCCGAUGGAUGCUGCCGUUGGUGUACACUCACAUCUGGUUGUCAGCAGCGUUCUCACUGAUGCAACCAUAUUUCCCACCCUUGGCUGAAGCGGCUGGUCUGGAAGCAUGGAAGUACGGGUUUUUCUUUUCUGCAGUGAAGGUCGCAAUGUUACUGGGAUCUGUACUAGGCGAACGAAUUAUGGCCUUUGGAUCACCGCGGAAGUGCUAUUUGUCAGGACAGAUUGGUUUCUUACUGUUCACCAUUCUUCUUGGAUUGAUGUACUGGUCACCCGGCGGCAACGUCUUUCUUGGACAUUCUAUAGCACUUGCCAUCAUGGGCGGCUUCUUUUCAACGGUGUUCCUCGUUUCGGCAUACGCAGUCGUCACGUCGGAGUUUCCCAUGCACGUGGGCCUUAGUAUAUCCGCUAUGGAGUUCCUGUGGGGCGUAGGAAACAUGGUCGGUUCUGGCCUCGGCGGAGUACUCAUUGACGCCUGGGCGUACCCACUGCCUUUCUUCGUAAUAGCAGCGCUGCUCGGAUUUUCACUGCCAUGGACGACCACUUCGAAAAGACUAUCUGACAAACCCGUAAAAGAUGCUCAACGAUGUUCAAGCCCCGAGUCUCCGAAGAAGCAAAUGAAGUUGUACAGGCUACUCAUUGAUCCAGUGUUCGUAAUUGAUAUGGUUACUGUGAUGUUAUGCUGGAUCAUCAUGGGAUUUAAUGAACCGACAUUGGAGCCACAUCUCAGACAGUUUGGCCUCGACACUACGAAGCUGGGUGUCGUCUAUAUGGUUCAGUUUGCCAGCUACACAAUUGCGGCGCUUCUUUUGGGAUAUUUCUGUCACCUAAAGAUGGAUGCUUGUUUUGCCUUUGUAGGACAAUUUCUUACAGUUUUUGUUUUUCUUAUACAAGGACCGGCGCCUUUCAUUCCAACCGAAGCGUAA